CACUUGUUGUCUAAUCCUGCGCUGCUACCAUUGACCCUCUGAGACCUAUCCCCAAAGGACCUCAUCUAUUUGAUUGUAACAUCAAACCAACAUCACAAUGUCUCUCGCAACCCUCGACAUUUCCCAACACCCCUACCUCCCCUCCGCCUCCGAGACGCUGUUCAAGGCCAAGGCAUCGAAGAAGCUGAGCUUCGAGCAAAUCGCCGAGCACAUCGGUCGCAACGAGGUUGCCGCGGCCGCCCUUUUCUACGGCCAGGCCAAGGCAUCCCCCGAAGACAUCGACAAGCUGUCCUCCCUCCUCGAUAUUCCCCGCGACCUUCUGGAAGAGCAGCUCAGUGGCUUCCCGGAUCGCGGCCGCUCGGUCGAGAUGCCGCCCAAGGAGCCGCUGAUCUAUCGAUUGUAUGAGAUCGUGCAGAACUACGGGUACGCGUACAAGGCUGUUCUGAAUGAGAAGUUCGGGGAUGGCAUUAUGAGUGCCAUCUCGUUCUCCACCAAGGUGGAGAAGGAGACGGAUGAGGCUGGAAACAACUGGGCUGUUAUCACUUUGAGAGGAAAAUGGUUGCCUUUCUCACGGUUCUAAGUAUGAUUAUGUGAGUCUAGGGAGGCGGUAGUAAUUUAAAUGCAUGUAAAUAAUAUUUGAAAGAGGUACCAUAUUUCAUCUGUUCCUGCGC